UUUACUGAUAGUCAACUUGAAAAUUUCCUUACAGUAAUUACAGACUGGGACGUGGACAACGCGCACAGCCAUCUCGAGGACGGCAUGAAAUACAGUAAUGGACGUCUGAUUAUGCCUCAAGAUGGAGAGUAUUAUGUCUACGCACAACUGUACUUUCGCAGCGGCGGGAGAGUGGGCAUUCGCAAGAAUCACCGCGAAGUUAUCACCAUGCUUCAACAUUCCUACAACGUAGCAGAAGGACCCCACUAUGCAGGGGGAGCGUUUUAUUUUGAGGCUAAUGACACCAUAGAAUUACUAACCGCGACACCUGUCACACUUUUCAUGGCGACUGCCCACUCUUACUUUGGAGCGUUCCUGAUUGAGUGA